AUGUUACACGUGUUCUACUCCAUCUCAGCUGCAGUCGCCCUAGUCUCAAACGUCUUCCUCCUCUCCCUCCUCGUCAACCCGGACCCACACCCCGUCGGCGUCCAAGCAGCUAUCUGGCCAAAACCAGCCUACGCCUGCCAAGGCCAUCGCACCGUGCAAGUCUCUUCCCAAUUUCAGUUCAAUCUCCCGCAGGAUGCACAUCCAAGACUCGUUGAAGGCGCGGCAAGGUACCGGAAUAGGAUCUUUAACAGCGACUUUGUGAGUCCGGUACCAAUGAGUGUUGAGGAUGCCGAGGCAGAGGAUCGGUCACAGGUUGGAACACUCGAGUUGAAGUCACUGGCUAUCGAUGUCGAGGAUCGAACUGGGAUUAUCGCCUUGGGACUCGGUAUUGACGAAUCGUACAGGCUAGCAAUUGCUUACGACGAAGACCCCGACGCAGAAUUUGAGCUGGAUGCAGCGGCGUGCAAGAAGAUCGCAAAAGAACCAUUCGGACAAGGAUUCAAGGGCAUCCUCAAGGCCAAGACCAUCUACGGUGCGCUGCAUGGACUGGAAACAUUCUCACACCUGGUGACCAACAAUCCACAUGACGGGACCAGAGAGAUCGCUCAGACCCCUCUCCUCGUCCAUGACCGUCCACUCUUCCCACACCGAGGUGUCCUCCUCGAUACCUCCAGGAAUUUCUUGUCGAUGGUGUCACUCUACAGGACCAUUGACGCCAUGGCCAUGAACAAGUUUAAUGUCUUUCAUUGGCAUAUCGUCGACUCGCCUUCGUUCCCUAUUGUUCUAGAUGAUCAAGUUGCUGGAGGGGAGGAAGCGGAUGAGGAUGAGAAUGAGGAUUCAGGAAGAGGCGACACGGAGUCGAAUGAAGGAGAAACGGGCGAGUAUGUGUACAAGGAACGAAAGCAUAAGACCCAGACAUCCUCAAGACCAAACCUCCCCCUCAGUCAACUAGCGGCCAAGGGCGCCUUCUCGGACAAGAUGGUCUACAGUAAGAAGGAGAUCAUAGACUUUGUCGAUUAUGCCAUGAACCGUGGCAUCCGUGUCAUCCCUGAGGUCGAUAUGCCCGGUCACGCCUGGUCUUGGUCGAAAGCCUUCCCCGAGAUCACGACCUGUCUUGACGGCUUCCCUUCUUAUUCUCGGUUCUCGGCAGAACCCCCCAGUGGGCAAUUGAACCCUGUCCACCCAAAGACAUACCAGGUUAUCCAAGGUGUGUAUGAUCAAGUCUUGCCGCUGUUCAAGGACAAGUUCGCGCAUGGUGGAGCGGACGAGGUCAACUUCAAUUGUUGGAACACGACCGCUUCGGUGACCGAACUGAUGGAGCGCAAGAAUAUCCCGAGGUCCAAGGAAGGCUUCGACAGGAUCUUGGAUGAGUUCACGGAACGUCAACACGGGAUGCUGAGGCAGGCUGGGAAACGCCCCAUCGUCUGGGAGGAACCUCUCCUCGCCCACGAUCUGAAGACUAUCAAGAAGAACAAGGACACCGUCGUUCAAGUCUGGACCUCUGCCGAGAAUAUCAAAAAGACUGUUCGACAGGGUCACGAUGUCAUUACAGGAUCUGCGGAUUAUUGGUAUAUGGAUUGUGGGUUUGGAGACUGGCUCGGCAACUGGACGAUGGGCAAGUCUUGGUGCGCGUAUUCGGACUGGCAGAAGGCGUAUUCGUUUAACCCCUUGCAGGGUUUGAACGCCAAGGAGUCAAAGAAGGUUCUGGGAGGCGAGGCAUUGUUGUGGGGUGAGCAGGUCGAUAAUACGAAUCUGGAUACCAAACUCUGGCCACGCGCCUCUGCCGUCGCUGAGGUACUUUGGAGCGGUAACUCGGACGACAGCUCAACAGGACUCUGGGAUGGCCGUAAACAACACAAGAACACUCUCCGAACCAUUGAGGCGCUGAACAGGAUUAACGAACACCGGUUCAGGAUGGAAGCUGAGAAUAUCCUGGCUGAACCCUUGCAGCCUCUUUGGUGUGUCAAGAACCCUGGUCAUUGCAACUGGCCUAUCCUUGACACCAAGCCUGAGGAUACCGAGAGUUAG